ACUCGUACUUAGUAUUUAUACUUCUAGCCAAAUAUCUCCUUCUCCACUCCUGUUCUGGAACACCAGCUGGUCAUCCUCUUCACUCUGGUAAUCUUCCUGUAGCGUCGUAAAAAAACGAUACCAAAAGUAUGGCAACUGUAGGAAAGGUUAUUAAGUGUAAGGCUGCUGUGGCCUGGGAGGCCAACAAGCCUUUGGUGAUCGAAGAGAUAGAAGUCGAUGUUCCCCAUGCCAAUGAAAUACGCAUCAAGAUCAUUGCCACAGGAGUGUGCCACACGGACCUCUACCACCUUUUUGAGGGAAAACACAAAGACGGCUUUCCUGUAGUCCUUGGACAUGAGGGCGCUGGCAUUGUGGAGAGUGUUGGACCCGGGGUCACAGAAUUUCAACCAGGAGAAAAGGUGAUACCUCUCUUCAUCUCCCAAUGCGGGGAAUGCCGUUUUUGCCAAAGUCCGAAAACCAACCAAUGUGUGAAGGGAUGGGCCAAUGAGAGUCCUGAUGUAAUGUCACCUAAAGAGACCAGGUUCACCUGUAAAGGUCGAAAAGUUUUGCAGUUCCUGGGGACCAGUACCUUCUCCCAGUACACUGUGGUCAACCAGAUAGCUGUGGCCAAGAUAGACCCUUCAGCACCGCUUGAUACCGUCUGUCUUCUUGGCUGUGGUGUGUGUACUGGAUUUGGAGCUGCUGUCAACACUGCUAAGGUAGAGCCAGGAUCCACUUGUGCCGUCUUCGGCCUUGGGGCGGUCGGCCUGGCUGCUGUGAUGGGCUGUCACUCUGCUGGGGCCAAGAGGAUCAUCGCUGUUGACUUGAACCCGGACAAGUUUGAGAAGGCCAAGGUGUUUGGGGCGACCGACUUUGUGAACCCUAAUGACCACAGUGAGCCCAUCAGCCAAGUGCUGUCAAAGAUGACCAAUGGAGGCGUGGAUUUCUCUCUGGAAUGUGUGGGGAAUGUUGGAGUCAUGAGGAAUGCACUGGAAUCCUGCCUGAAGGGAUGGGGUGUCAGUGUGCUGGUCGGCUGGACAGACCUGCAUGAUGUCGCUACCAGACCCAUCCAGCUCAUAGCUGGACGCACAUGGAAGGGUUCCAUGUUCGGAGGCUUCAAGGGUAAAGAUGGUGUGCCGAAGAUGGUAAAGGCCUACCUGGAUAAGAAGGUGAAGCUGGAUGAAUUCAUAACCCACAGAAUGCCCCUGGAGUCGGUCAAUGAUUCCAUUGACCUUAUGAAGCACGGAAAAUGUAUCCGCACCGUCUUGAGUCUUGAGUGAAAUCCAGGACCAAAUCAAUCGAGGACCUAAUUGGAAGAACUACUUUUCUAUGUUGGUUGUCAUAAAAUACAUUUUGAAGAAAAUAAUACAAUGUGAAAUCAAUAAAAUAAACUAUAAAAUAAA